GAUUGCCUUUAUCAGAAGUCGAACAAAAUGAACCGUAUAUUUCUAAUAGUUUUGCUGGCGCCAGCUAUUUCAGCUUUUCUACUUGAUACGUUUGGACUUGAUUCCAAUGUACACACUGUAACAGAAUUGGACGUCUCUAAAUAUCUCGGACGAUGGUACCAGAUGUUUGCCAGCCAGUCGGUGUUUGCCACAUUCGAAAGAGGGGCAGUCUGUGUCAUCGCCGAUUAUACAAUGUCCACUGACGGUUCUGGUAGAAUCAUUGUGCUUAAUUCGGAGAGACUAAAGAACGGAAAUGGAAGUGCCAAAAUCAUCCAUGGAUACGCCACGCCUUCCGGAGAGGUUGGAAAACUUAGCGUUCAUUUGGAGACCGUUGCCUUCAGUGCGCCUUACUGGGUUGUUCAGCUUGGGCCUGCCACGUUCGGACCCAAUAACCAAUACCAGUACGCGGUAGUGAGUGAUAACCUAAAAGCGACACUAUUCGUGUUAGCCAGAGACCCUGAUGAAUUCAAGCGUGAUCACGAAGCAACCGUCACGCAAUAUCUUAACGACAACGGUUUUACAACACCCAUCAAUAAACCAAUCAGCACUUACCAUGGAGAUGACUGUCUAUACAACGAUAAACACCAAUGACGUCACAAACGGACAACAUGUGCCACAAAGAUUCAAGUCAAACCUUAAUAUGUAAAUAGCACAUAUCAACACAUUCAUUAUCAUUGCCUGUAUUUUGUAUAAAAAUAAUUUAAAAAAAAUAUAUAUUUAUACCUGAUUUGUAUUAUUUUAUUCAAAUAUAAUC